AUGUCGCACCAUGGCUGGAGCUUUCCUGCUCGAGUCUUUUUUAUGGGAGCCCCACUGCUUAUUAUUGUACUUCUAUAUGUGAUUCUGAGAUUUGGUUUGUCCUGGAAAGAGGUCGAUGUUUCAUCUCUUGUUGGAAAAGAGCCAAAGGUCCAUCAGAACCGUACUUCAAUAUCUGAUAUACUGAAUUCAACACUUGGAGUAAGCUUUCUCUUACCCUCCGUCUCGCUUCCCUCUUGAACAGAGCAACAGUUUCUAAUCACUUCUAGUUCCAAAAACUUUUCGUCAUAAAUUUGCCAUCCAGAACAGAUCGUCGUGAUGCAGUCUCCCUCGCUGCCGCUGUCAGAAAUUUCCACAUCGACUUCAUUGAGGGUGUUGGUGGCGACAGCGUCCCAGAUAACGUAUUGCCACCCGAAGGCAGUGAAGAAAAUGUCAAGCUUUCGAAAGGAGUCAGAGGGAGCUGGCGCAGUCACAUCAACGAUUUGCAAGAGUGAGAAUAGUGCUUCCCGGUAUUAGAGCAACCACUGAUCAAGCCUGCGUUGUAGAAUUGUUCAUAAAAACAUCAGCACAGCAAUGAUAUUUGAAGAUGAUGUUGAUUGGGAUAUUCGGGUUCGAUCACAACUGCAAAGUUUCGCAUUCGCUUCCCAAGUAUUAACAUCUAAAAAACUGGACUUGCAAUAUACCACUUGGACGCGACGAAGAAUACAGAGACCGAGGAGAGUGUUUCUGAUAACAUCUCUUCAAAUAACAUCUCCUCGACUCUUUACUCACUUCCACUCUCGGAGAUAACUUCACAUGAUCAAAACAGAUCCCCUUACGGAGAGCCAAACUCCUGGGAUGUUCUUUGGCUAGGACAUUGCGGAGUCGGAUUCCCGCGUACAAAAACAAUCUCUAUGUCGACGAGAACAACUUACUCCUCACAAACCCAAACGAUGAAACCGUUCCAUUACCAAAAUAUCUCAAAGCUCAUCCGUUUGGACCUCUCGAUGCACUCGCUUCCUCCUUUCCACCGCAUACCCGUGUCUAUCACCGCGCAUCAGGGGGAGCAAUAUGUACCGCUGCAUAUGCCGUUUCUCAAAGGGGAGCUCGACGAUUGUUGCAGUAA